AUGAGUGAUACGACAGAAUUUGAAACGCAAACCUCAGAUACGACUUUAGUGAGUCUAAUAAAGUUGGACGCCGGCGAAGUUGCGAACUUCCUCAAAACCGUGAAUUUUGGAGAAGUAAGUCCUCAAAAGCAAUUUAUUGUUGAGUUCCUUUAGUUUUUCACCUUGGUCUUCACCAAAGAUGGGGUCAGAGUGGUCUCGGACGAUGGAAUCGACGAGCAAGGCAACUUUUACUUCCUGGCCGACUUCUUCGAUUCCUUCGAACUGAAACGACCAGAUGUGAGGGUCAGAGUUCACUCCAAGAAGUUGAUUGUAAGCCAAAGUUUUAAGAUUAUUGUUCUGUCUUUAGAAUGCCCACCAAAUCUUCGGCCAGAAGACUAGCUACGAUCUGCGCUGGAUUCUCGAAUCCAAAGAUGACGAUCUCUCGAUUAUGCUCCGAUCAGAUUCAUUGUUGGCCAAACAAGCGGUCGCUACGUAUGAAUUGGUUCAGGCAAGUGGAUUUUUAGAAUGUUGUACUUGAUGGAGAAAAAAAAUUUGAAAUUUUUGUCCAUUCCAUAUUAUUUUAGCUCCAAGACACGAAGGAAGUUGAGCCAGAAGACACAAUCGUCCAUGUUGAAUUCCGAGACUCGAACUUUCUCCGCGAAAUCAUCCAAAAUCUCGACAACACGGCUUCCAUGGUGGAAUUUGACUUUCGAACCAGCAAAAUUAUGAUCAAAAGUACCAGCACGGUGCAUCAGAAGGUAUAAUUUCCCAUUUUUCAGUCUUCAAAAUCCCUAAAAUAUAAUCCUUGACUAAAAUUUCGAUAUUAUUUUAGACAAGUAUCCGUUUCUGCCAAGAGAAUGCCGACAAAUUGCAGCUGAUCACGCUGGCUGAAGGCGGGGUCCGCGUCUUCUAUCGAAUGGACCAUAUUAGGCAUUUGGUGCAGUUUUUGAAGGUCACGAAUCGAGUUUCGGUACUGAUAAAUGAGGAUGGGGUCCUGAGUUUGCAAGGGCGAUUGGACACCUUUGCCGCUGUCAUGUACCUUCAGUUCUUUGUAAGAUUUUUUUGUUGAGGUCGGAAUUUGAUAAGUUGAAGUCAAUGGGACGAAAAAUUGGCUUUUUAGGCUCUGCCGGAUGUUGUUGUAGAUCAUGGAGAGCAAAAAAAAUUUUUUUGCAUUUUUUCGCUCGAAAAUUUCUAGUUGUAUCUCCUGUGAUGUACUAAAAUUCUCUAUAAAAAUUCGAUUUUCUACAUGCGGGAUUAGAAAAGUUAUUUCCAAAACCGUUUUUUUUUGUCUGACGACUCUCCUCAUUUCCUAUGCUCUCUCGGAAAAAAGAUGGCUUAAUAUCUCCGUUGCGGACGGAACACUGCUGCUAAAAUUUUCAAUGAUUGAUAGAUGGUCUAUGCUGAGUAUGUAUGCAAAAUUUGAAGGAAAUCGGAGCGUUGGGCUCGGAGUACUUUCCUUUGUAAAUUAUGCUGGUUUUUGUUGACCGGCAAGAUUAAAAAGGAAAGUGCUCAGCGAGUUACUCUUCGAUUUCCUUCAAAUUCCGCAUGCUUACUCGGUAUAGACCACCUAUCAAUCACUGAGAAUUUUAGCACCGGCGUUCCAUCCGCAACGGAGAUAUUAAGCCAUCUUCUUCCCGAGAGAGCAUAGGAAAUGAGGAGAGUCGGCCAGACGAAAAAACGGGUUUUGGAAACAACUUUGCUAAUCCCGCAUGUAAGAAAUGAAUUUUUGUAGAGAAUUUUAGUACAUCACAAGGAAUACAACCAGAAAUUUUUGAGGGAAAAAUGCAAAAAAAAUUUUUUUUUUUCAUUUUUUUUUCUCCAUGAUCUACAACAAUGUCCGGCAGGGCCUAAAAAGGCUAUUUUUUGGGCCUAGUCGAUUCAACUUAUCGUUCACCCAAAAAAUCUUGAUUUUUUCGAUGAAAUUUUAAUGAUUUUUGGCCUGAAAUUUUUGGAUUGGAGUAAUCAAGAAUUUUUUUUUGAUUACAUUGAGCAUUUCCAGGUGAAUCGCUUCAUCCCCGACGAAGGCGAAGAGGAUCCGGAUGAAGGCCGAAUCAAACUGCGGGAAAUGCCUCAAGAAGUGAAACAGGAGCGAGAUGAGGAUGAAGUUGUGGUUGUGAACGAGCGUCUGGCCUUGAGGACCACCGAAAGUAAGGAUAAUAUAAAAUUUUUGUUGAUAAAAUUUAGAUUUUCCUCUUAUUUUGAUCUAAUUUCAGAUCCAAUUGCCGAUCCCGCUAUUCGCGAGUUCUUCGAUCGUAUCCAUCUUCGAUAA